GAAUAAGUUAGGUUAACAUUAACUGAAUAAGUGAACAUUGAGACAAUUUUUUCUCGAUUUUAAAUCUUUGAACAGAAAUAAUAAAGGAAUAAUCGAAUAAUUAUAAUUACAAUAAAUAUGGGUAGCCAAGAACACGAAAAUUGCAACGGUUACGAUUAUUGCAAAAGCUACAAAGGACUUCACAUACUAAAAGCACACGACCAAAUUAAAGAGCUGCAAACGAUUUUAAGGGACCGAAACACAACAAGAAGCGACUUUAAAUUCUUCGCCGAUAGACUCAUUAGAUUAGUAAUAGAAGACAGCUUGAAUCAAUUACCAUUCACCAACUGCGAUGUAAUAACUCCAACAGGAGAGACUUACGUGGGUUUGAAAUACAAGUCUGGUAACUGCGGAGUGUCUAUAGUGAGGUCUGGGGAGGCCAUGGAGCAAGGCUUGCGGGAUUGCUGUAGGAGCAUUCGCAUUGGGAAAAUUUUAGUAGAAUCAGAUGUAGACACCCAUGAGGCUAAAGUGGUUUAUGCUAGGUUUCCAGAAGAUAUUUCACAAAGACAUGUACUUCUGAUGUAUCCGAUAAUGGCUACAGGAAAUACUGUGAGUAAAGCUGUUAAUGUUCUGAAAGAACAUGGAGUUGAAGAAGAAUGUAUAGUAUUAAGUAAUUUAUUUUGUACCCCUCAAGCUGUUCAAACUGUUUUGGACUUGUAUCCAAAGAUGAAGAUAUCUACUUCGGAAGUCCAUCAUGUAGCGCCAAAUCAUUUUGGCCAAAAAUAUUUUGGAACAGAUUAGAAUUGAUUCGGUAACAAUCAGGGUAAUCAGCCACCUUAAAUUUGUGUUUGGAGCAUGGACAAAAACCCCAUUUAAUGAAGACGAAUCGCAUUGAAAAAAUAGAAUAUACUGCGCUACAUUUUAUGGAUGCAUUUCAUAAAAAUUUGCUUUACUUUGAUUAUUUUAUUUGCAUCUUUAACAUUCUUUGUACCAUUUGUUUUUAUAAUUAAGAACUUUUGCAAACGCA